AUGUGUAUUUUGACUGGUGAUUUGGAUUCAUUUAGGUGUUGCCUGAGUAAGGGCUGCAGAAAAAGACCUCUGGUUUCUGCUUCCAUUAUUGAUGUCUUACCUGUUCUGUUUCUCUCACCAGUGUUGUUAAUAACAAUACUUGUAGUGGAAGGGAUUGCUGUGGCACAGAAGACACAAGGUGGUCAGAAUAUUGGAGUGAACCACGUACCAUCUACCCAGUGUGACAACUGGGUUCGGACAAGCAAUGGAGGCCAUUUUGCUUCACCAAACUAUCCUAAUUUGUACCCACCAAACCAGGAGUGUAUCUACAUUUUAGAAGCUGCUCCACGCCAAAGAAUUGAGUUGACCUUUGAUGAACCUUAUUACAUAGAGCCCUCAUUUGAAUGUCGAUUUGAUCACCUUGAAGUUCGAGAUGGACCUUUUGGUUUUUCCCCUCUCAUCGAUCGUUACUGUGGUCUGAAAAGUCCUGCACUAAUUAGAUCAACAGGGAGGUUUAUGUGGAUAAAGUUUACUUCGGAUGAGGAGCUAGAAGGAGAGGGAUUUCAAGCAAAAUACUCAUUUAUACCAGAUCCAGACUUCACUUACCUAGGAGGUAUUUUAAAUCCCAUCCCAGACUGCCAAUUUGAGCUUUCAGGAGCUGAUGGAAUAGUACGUUCCAGUCAAGUAGAACAAGAAGAGAAAACAAAACCUGGACAAGCAAUUGACUGCAUAUGGACAAUUAAGGCUACUCCAAAUGCUAAGAUUUAUUUGAGAUUCCUGGACUACCAAAUGGAGCACUCAAACGAAUGCAAGAGAAACUUUGUAGCUGUAUAUGAUGGAAGCAGUUCCAUUGAAAACCUGAAGGCAAAGUUUUGCAGCACAGUAGCAAACGAUGUGAUGCUGCAGACUGGAACAGGAGUGGUACGGAUGUGGGCAGAUGAGGGUAGCAGACUCAGCAGAUUCAGAAUGCUGUUCACUUCAUUUGUUGAUCCUCCAUGUUCAGGCAGCACUUACUUUUGCCAUAGCAACAUGUGCAUCAAUAAUUCUUUGGUCUGCAAUGGCAUUCAAAACUGUGCAUACCCUUGGGAUGAAAAUCAUUGCAAAGAGAAGAAAAAAACUGGACUGUUUGAACAAAUCACCAAAACUCAUGGAACCAUCAUUGGAAUUACUUCAGGGAUAGUUUUGGUUCUUCUCAUAAUUUCAAUUCUGGUGCAAGUAAAGCAGCCUCGCAAAAAGGUUAUGGCCUGCAAAACUGCUUUUAAUAAAACCGGCUUCCAAGAAGUAUUUGAUCCGCCACAUUAUGAACUGUUCUCAUUAAGGGAUAAAGAGAUUUCUACAGACUUGGCUGACUUAUCAGAAGAACUGGAGAACUAUCAGAAAAUGAGACGCUCCUCUACUGCUUCAAGAUGUAUUCAUGACCAUCACUGUGGCUCUCAAACUUCCAGUAUAAAACAAAGCAGGACCAACCUCAGUUCCAUGGAACUUCCUUUCCGCAAUGAUUUUGCACAACCUCAGCCGAUGAAAACAUUUAAUAGCACCUUCAAGAAAAGUAGUUACACAUUUAAACAGGCCCAUGACUGCCCUGAGCAGGUCAUAGAAGACAGAGUGAUGGAGGAGAUUCCUUGUGAAAUUUAUGUGAGAGGACGAGAGGAUGCUGCACAAGGCUCAUUAUCUAUUGACUUUUAA